GUAGAAAUCGGCCUAAGUUAGAAUUACAAAACAUUUAGUUGAAUAGCCUAUCCCACGCAAAACACGAAAGGCAACAACGUGUUUCGUGCAGACUACGUCAUCAAUAUAUUUUUUUAAUGGACCCAACAAGACCGACCACUACUUUCAUACCGUGAGACUGUACAGUAUAACAGCGUAACAGCAUCAGUUUCUUUUCUAGUUUUGCUCUUCAUCGAAACAUCAUGUCUUCUGGCGGCGGUGAUGGAAAACCGGGCGUAACGUUCAGCGUCAUCCCGGAGACGCUCGAAAGUCCUUACAAGGAUCUUUUCCCUGCUUUCGAAAAUAAAGGACUCGUGCGAGCCGAACCGGGAGGAUUCGUUUGUCACCAAAAUUUCGCUGAAAAUUGCCACAAAAUUUACAAUAUGAAGGUGAGGACUGAUGACGUAUGGAUCCGCACGUUCCCCAGAUCAGGGACAACUUGGACUUCGGAACUGGCGUGGCUCAUUAUGAACGACUGCGAUUUCGAAGGAGCUGCUAAAGUGGGACUGCCCAUUCGGUCGCCCAACUUGGAUGCCAAUUACAUCAACCACUGGGACAAAUUCGCUGCAGAGGGUUCGUUUAAUACGAUGGACAUUAUUACCAUAGAUCAAAUAGAAAAAAUGCCAUCGCCUAGGGUCCUCAAGUGCCAUUUGCCUUUCUACCUGUUACCUCCCAACUUGCUGGACACUGCCAAGGUUAUUUACGUAGCUCGCAACCCCAAGGAUGCUAUCGUAUCCCUCUUUUAUUUCCAUAAAUUGGUCAACCUGUGCACUUACACCGGAGAUUUGGAGCAAUUUGUCGAUUUCUUUCUCGAAAACAAAGUACUGUGGACACCCUAUUUCGGCACCGUCCUCGAUGCUUGGGGCAAGCGCAGUCAUCCUAAUUUGCUUAUCCUCUUCUACGAAGACAUGAAGAAGGAUAUUCGGGCCCAAAUCAAAAGAAUUUCCACCUUCCUCAACAAGCCGGUAACAGAGGAGCAGAUUGAGAAACUUGUCGAUCACGUCCGUGUGGAUAAAUUCGCUAAAAAUGAAUCGGUCAAUUAUGCUAAAGAGAUUAAAGCUGGAGUUGGCAAGGAGGAUCCUACAAAUACGUUUGUUCGCAAAGGUCAAACGGGUGACUGGAAAAACCACUUUAGCCCGGAAGUUAACCGUAAAAUCGAUGCUUGGAUCGAAAAGAAUUUGGAAGGUACUGGUUUGAAAUUCGUUACCGAACUCAAAGAUCAAUAACUGCCCCAUUAUUUUAUUCAUUGAAAUAAUGUUCGAUUGGCUGUGUGUAUUACAAUCAACUUUAUCAUCGGGUUUGGGUUGGCUUUGGAAAAAAUGUUGUUUGAAUUUUUGUUUUUGGUCCUGUAACCUGAGUCAUAGAUUAGAUGGACAUAGUCUAAUUUAUGACUCUGCUGCAACUAUAAAAUAAAAAUUUAAAGAAGAAAAUAGAAGAAAUAGUUUGCAACUUGCAA